AUGAGCAACGUUGACAUGGCAGCGGAGUCAAGCGAACCAUUUCUUUCACGAUACAGCAGUGAUGAGGCGGAUUUGCAGAAGGAGUUCGGCCAAACGACUAGCCGUUUCUCACAUAGAAGGCUUUGGAUGCACAAUUUGAUCCUCCAUGGAGUGUUGAUACUUGUUUAUACUCUCGUCACUGCUUUGGUGCUCAAGGCAUACACUGGUAAAACAUGCAAGUCCCCACAGCACACCCAUGCCGAUGCAAUUGCUGUUGCUUUCAAGGAGCAAGAGGUGGUCUUCCAUAAUUUAUCGCAAACACCGUUCGCAGGCGACAAGCCAGUAGAAGACGUCGAAAAAGCAUGGAAAGGUCUCAUGGAACCUAUGAACAUGCGGUUUACCAAAGCCGAGUUGGAAAGCGUGCAUCAAGCGAGCGUCGAGAUGCCUGAGAAUGGAGGCUACAUGGGCUGGUUUGGUGUUUUCCACCAGCUGCACUGCGUUGUGAGGAUCCCGCUCGACCGUCGUACGAAUUCGUCAACUAAUGCGUGA